AGAGGAAAGGGGAGGAAGUCAGGAAGCUGCUUGUGACAGCCAGCCGUAUCACAGAACAGCACUCUGUGUGUGUGUGCGUGUGUGUGAGUGUGUGGGGAGAAGAAGAAGAAGAAGAAGAAAAAAAAAGGCCGGGUUGAGCUUCAUCUCGUUUCUUUUCUGUUCGGAAUAAGACGCUAAAAACCCGAUACCGACAUGUCGAAAAGCACCAUGUCCGCCCGUUUCAGGAGAGUGGACGUGGACGAGUACGACGAGAACAAAUUUGUGGACGAGGAUGACGGAGGGGAAAACCAGCUGGGUCCCGACGAGGCAGAGGUGGACUCCCUCAUUAGACAAGGAAACCUCAUGGAGGCUUUACAUGCCGUUCUAAAGAAUCCACCAAUCAACACAAAGAACCAGAACGUCAAGGAGCGAGCAGAAGGUUUGGUGCUGAAGGUGCUCAGCGCCUUUAAGAGCAGCGACAUUGAGAAGGGGGUGCAGUCCCUGGAUAAGAACAGUGUGGACCUGCUGAUGAAAUACAUCUACAAAGGCUUUGAGAGGCCGUCAGAAAACAGCAGCGCGGUCCUGCUGCAGUGGCACGAAAAGGCUCUGGCAGCUGGAGGAGUGGGCAGCAUCGUCAGGGUCCUCACAGCGAGGAAAACGGUUUAAAAAGAGGAGCGGAGGAUCGGUUCACUCCACAUCACUGACUGAUACAGGAGGACUGCUUCUGCACUGAACUGUUCAUGUAAUCUAACAGACCGCAUAAGGACUGAAAGGAAAAGGUGUCUUUUUUUUUACCUGAUGUAAAAGAGAAAAAAAUUCAUGCUGCGUCCAAGGCUACACUAAAAAAAAAAGAAUAUCAGAUCUGAGUUACAUUAGGUUAAAUAAAGCGGUUUCUUCUUUCAUCCUGUGCAUGAUCACAGCCUACUAAACCAUAGUCCUCACAGGGUGCUACAGACAACUCAUCACCUCAUGUGUCUGCCCCCCCCCCCCCCCCCACUCCCUGUGUCACUUAUCCUCCUCACUCCUCAUGAAUGGUUCCCAACCAAAAGGAAAACAAUGAAACUAAAAAGAACCUGCCUGCUACACAAAUCUAACAGAUGGCAUAGGCACUAAAAAGGAAUAACAGAUUUUGUUCGACUAAAUUAAAAAUUAAAAAUUAAAAAAUUAAAGCUUGACUGAAAAAAGGAAAAUCGAAGUAGGGUGACAAUAGGUUAAAAAAUCGAGCUAGAUCUUUAAAAUGAUCCAAGCAAUACAAGAACAAAUGGCACUAAAAACUAGGAGAGAAACACGCAGACUUAUCGGGGGAAACUACAAGUUGACCACCUUUCUUUUUUUUUUUUUGUUGUGGUCACGAGCCGUAAUAUGUUGUUGGCCGCUGCCAUACACUGAACCUUCACACUCAUCUGGGCAAACACAACAGACAUGACUCGCAGCAAUGUGUUCUCCCUUCACUCAGCACAGGGUUUCAGCUUUGAUUCUGUCAGGAUAACUCUGUGUUUUUUUUGUCUCUGCAGAAGAGACUUCCUGAUGGAAUAAAAGCCAGACUGUGUCAGUAAAUCCUCUCAUGCUCUGACACUUUAGCAGUGGGAGUUUAAAAAAAAAGAAGAAAAAAAAAAAGAGCACAGUCACAUUUGCUGGAUUUGCUCACGGGGGUCUUUGUGCACCCACAGGAGGCUGGGUAGAAGUGAGUAGGGGGUUGGUGAAAUCCAUCCAUCAGUUUCACGCCACAAGCUGACCCAGUUAAGGAUUAUAACUCAUGAUGCAUCUCCACCACCACUCAUAUUAAUCCCAUUUCACUGUUCCUCUCAUCCACUGUCGGUCUGACUCACUCUGGCACCCUCUGCUUCUGUGCAGGGCGUCAUGCGGCUCUGCUGGUAAAUACGAGCAACUUAUAUUUUCUGUACCUUCAGGAAAUUCACCCUGAGAAACUAUUGUUUUUUUUUAUUUUCAUUGUUUUGGUAUUUAACAAAAAUAAUCUAGGAUUAAGCGUUUGGUUUUCAUUUUGUUUUUGUUUUACACUAAUGAUUUAUUUUUUUGCGUCAGUGCAUAAUCCCUACGUAACUUAAAAUUAAAAAAAAGGGUAAGCAUGCUCUGUGUGCAGGGGGGAUAUUAUAAAAUAUUGAAUUUAGUGUCUCUGGAAAUGGAGAAGGACUUUUUUGUGAUGAAAAGAGAAAUAUUGUUUGCAUGAUUCUACUUUUGACAAUAUUUUCUUAAGCAUUUCAUGACCGUAUUUUGUACAUAGAGUUUUGUGACUCUUCUGGAAGAAUCAAGUUUUUUUUUUUUUUUUUUUUAAAUUGAAUCUGAGUAAAAAUACGUUCUCAUUCCUUAAAAAAAUAUUUUUCUUUUUGUUCUGCAAUUUAAAGUCAUGCUGUUAUUCCCAGAAUAACUUUUUUAUUUUAUUUUUAUUUUUGUAACAUGAGCCGGAAACCGUGGAAAGGGAAAUCUGCCUGAUCAGGUAGAUUACGUCUGUUGCCAAAUGAUUUAUUUACUUUCAUGAAAAUUAUGUAACAUACUUGUAGAAUUUAGGUUCCCUUGUGUUAGAGAAUCAUUUUGAAGAUAAAGCGAUGGAGUUGUGAUCAUUAUAAAAAGGAGCAUCAAAGUGUAAAAAGUUUGUUGUUUGAAAAAGAAGAUACUUCGGCUGUUUUUGCAGACCGUGUGAUGAGAACAGUUCACUUCCAGUGUAAUGUCUUGUUUGAGUUUAUUUCCAGUCAAAAACUGAUCGGACAUUCUCAGUGGAUGUUGCUUUUUAUUUUUUUUAUUUUAUUUUUUUUACAGAAAAGCUCUAUCACAAGUCUCACGAGUUUCAUCGUUGGAUAUUUAGACAUGGGGUGUCCAUGUUUGAAUACUGUCAUCAGUGAUGAUGCAUCCAGACAUUAGAUUGAUUUUUCUAAUGCAGUAACGUCUGGUGUGACAUGAAAACUAAAAGAGAACGCUUCACUUUUUUUUCUGCUUGAUGUCACUCCGGACAGUGAUGCUCUUCUAGCCGAGAAGACGAGGGAGCACACCAGACUGAUGUACAAACUGCCUUACUCCAUAUUCCUUUUUUAUGUUUGUGCGUUUUUGACAAAAAAAAAAACUAAAAUAAAAGGUAUAAAUGCUGA